GACUUGGUUUGAAGAGCCUGAACCUAGUAAGAAUGGACUCUGUUGUAUUGGAUGAGAAGAGCGCGAGACAAUAUUUGGACAGAAGAUUGCAGGAAAAUGAUGUGAAAGGGGCCAUAGAAUUUGCUAUAAAGGGGCAGGAUAGGUUUCCAAAGCUCAAGAAACUUUUGCACUUUCUAGGCAACAUUGUUGUGCAAGUCUCUACUGAUGACGAGGAGAUAGACUGGUACAGUGUCCUAGGUGUGGACCCUUCUUCUGAUAUUAAGACAAUAAAGCAACAUUAUGUGAAACUGGCUAAGGAUAACAAGCUCAAGUCGCGGGAAGUGCAUAAACUUCUUAAUAGAGCGUGGAAUACCUUGUCAAACAAAUUCACCAGAGGAGAUUACGAUGCCAGGAGAAGUUCAAGACAAAUCCAACAGAACGCCUCUGUUGUGAAGCAGGCAAGCUCAUCUAAACAGUUACCUCAGCCUGAACCUGUUUUCGAUGAUGCUACAGGAGAUAACAUAAGUGGUCUAAAGCCACUUCCAUCAGCAACAGAAGCAAUUCAGCCGGUACCUGGUCUAAAUAAUAUCCGUGGAAAUAAUGGAGAGGACUUAACAUCAAUUUCUGCAGCUACAAACUCAAUACAGCCGACGCCUGAUGUGGACAAUGUACUGAAAAAUAAAGAAUGUGUACCGAGGUCAGUUUCCACAGUUACACCGUUAGUCCAGCAGGCUUCAGGUAUCCAAACUGUAUCAGGAAAUAAUGGAAGAUGCUUAAUCCAGCUGGCGCCUAGUGUGAACAAAGUAUUGGGAAAAAAAGAAACUGGCACAAUGAUAGUUUCCUCCGCUAAGCAAUCAACUCAGCCAGUGCCUGGUAUGUACAGUGUGUCGGGUAAUAUAGGAAUUGGCCCAAGGUUAAAUAUCUCAGCUGUGAAACCGUUUCAGCCGGAUCCUGAUAUGUCCAACGUUUCAGGAUAUAGUAGAAGUGGCUCAAGUAAAGUCUCCUCAGCAAGACCAUCAAUUCAGCCAGCUCCCAGUAAGUAUGAUAUGAAAAAACUUUUAACGGAGAAGGCUAGGAAUGUGAUUCUCAACAAGCUCCAUGAACUCAAUGCUGCUGCUAGGGAUAAAAAUGAACACAACCCUGCAGAUGCUAUAGAUGACGCAGCUACAGAAGGUCCUAACGACGAUGUAUUGAAGACUAUGGAGGUUCCAGAUUCAGAUUUUCAUGACUUUGACAAUGAUAGAACCAAAGAAUCAUUUGCUGAGAACCAAGUCUGGGCAGUUUAUGACGAAGAUGAUGGAAUGCCCCGACUAUAUGCUCUCAUCCGAAAAGCAUCAAAGAGGUCAUCUAAGCUGCAAGUCAGCUGGCUCAACUCUGCAGGCAACAUGGAGGCGGAAUUAUUAAAAUGGAUCAAUUCUGGAUUUCACAAAACCUGCGGAGACUUCUGUAUCCAGAAGAAACAGAUCAGUAUUAAAUUAAACUCAUUCUCUCACAGAGUCACAGGAUGGACGAAAAAAGCAAAUGUAUUUCAGAUCUUCCCAAAGAAAGGCGACGUGUGGGCGCUCUACAAGAACUGGUCUCCUGAAUGGAAUAAGCACACAACAGAGGAAGAAAAGCACAAAUAUGAUAUGGUGGAAGUACUUGCAGAUUACGACGAAAGUAAAGGAGUGACAAUUGUUCCUCUGGUGAAAGUUUCUGGAUUUAAGGCUGUGUUUUGCAAGAAUUCGGAUGAGAAAGAAGUGAGGGUGGUACCCAAAGGAGAGAUAUUUCGAUUUUCCCAUAAGAUAAGUUCUUACCUGCUUACGGACCAAGAAGCUACAAAUCUUCCAAACGGUUCCCAGGAGCUCGAUCCUGCAGCUUUGCCAUUAGAGCUUCUCCAAGUCCUACAUUAACUAUGUGCAAAUGUAUGUUGGUGUAUAUGAUAUUCUUUCUGCUCAUCGUCACAGCAAACUUAAGGUUUGUUCUUCAACAAUGCUGGUAAACAACAAUCUGCGAGAGUCCCUUAUAUUAUAGAUAAAAUGCUAUUGUAGUUUUUCAUGUUAGUCAAUUUA